CGCUUGAAGAGUACGAUUUUCGAAACGACCACAUCAACGCCAAUCUCGAGAUCGACCUGCGACCGGGAACUCAGAUCCGGCCCUACCAGGAAAAGAGCCUCAGCAAGAUGUUCGGCAACGGUCGCGUCAAGAGUGGCAUCAUUGUUCUGCCCUGCGGAGCCGGCAAACCUCGCGUUGGUGUCACGGCGGCUUACACCAUAAAAAAGGGAGUGGUUGUUCUAGCCACUAGCAACAUGUCGGUGAUACAGUGGAGGAACAAGUUUAUCAAAUGGUCCAAUAUCAACCUAGACAACAUUGCCAUCCUCUCUUCAGACAAAUAGAGUCGAGAUGGUCUUCUCGUCCAAGCGGCAGGCCUUCCUUGUCGACCAGGGCUACGCCUUCAAGGUGAUCACGCAGCUGAAGCACAUGGAGAACAUGCCUCACCUAGCCUUUGCCACCCCCGAAGCCAGGCGCGAGCUCCUGCUUAAGGUCCUGGCCGACGCCGAGAGCAAGGCGUGGAAGAGCGAGGAGAAGGAGAGCGCCGGCCUCCUGGCAGACGGAACAUGUUUUACGGGCAUGUCCUACGUCGAGCAGAACAGGAGUGCGAUCAAGUCGAUCAAGGGGAAGAAGGCCCCGCAGAGCGCCUUCUUCCGGUCGAUUGCGAGGGAGAAAGAAAGGCGGCAGAAGUUGGCUGCUCUCCCAUGGACCCAGCGAGUCUCCCAUUCCCCCGGCAGCAGCCUACGAGUCGCCCAUAAACUCGCUGACACUUGUUAA